UUUGCCAAUCGUUUUACCGAUAAGAGCCCGACCAGGGUGUAGUCGCCUGCGAGGUAGCAGGUCUUAUUGUGCUCAAACGCUUCAUAGCAUAGCGUGAAUUUUCAGCAGUCGACCGAAACGAAACAAAACUCCUCUCAUUUUGCCAAAAAACCUAGAGCAAACUUGGUGCAAAAAUUAAUACACGUGGCAAGUGCAUAAACGACAUAGCGGCCUCAAGAUGCAUCUCAUUAAGAAUAAAGCCGUUUACUUCACAUUAAUGCUCGUUGUCCUGAGUAUGUGCUUGGACCAAACGGAGGCACGCCGUAAGAUUCUUCGUGGUCGCCGUACCAUCAACCGAACAUUCAAGCGUGGACCGCUGAUUCCGGCUUGGGCCAUCAUCACGAUCGUGGCGAUUGGAAACCUGCUGCUCGGUGGCAUUGCGUACCUCAUAUUCCGCAAGGUGGUGCUUAAUCAACCGAUCGAAAACGUCACAUCCUACACCCCGGCCAUGCAGGACGAGUACAGCUCCUAAGGCUAGCGGGAAAAGAUGUCGCCGUUCAAACCACUUUCCACCCAUAAAUCCUCUUGUCCCUUUUUGACAUGCUGCCUUCCAUGAACAACAGCCGUUUCCCAACGGUAGCCAUUAAAGCGUCCCCGAAUUUAAGCUAGAUUUUAAGCCCACCU